GUAGUCAUGUGACGUGACAUCACAGGUCAUAUGACGCUACACGGAAGUAGUAUUCCCUCACUGUUAUCUGAAUAGGUCGCUACCGUCAGUUUUUUAACCAAACCUUAUCUGUGAAAACAUUUGGGGUGGUUUAAGCGACAGUCGCAAAAACUGUCACUUGAAGUGUUUUUGUUUUACCAUUACGGAAAUCGUCAUGGUUGGAGAAAAGCUGGAUGGAUCUGCUCUGUUAGUGGACGAAAAGCUUCUCCAUUUCAUGGAUCAGCUGGAGUUACUGGAGGAGAAACGAGUUGCUCUUAACUCUCUAAUUGAGCAGGUAUCAAAGACAGUUUGUAGACUGUAUCAAUUUUAACUUUAUAGUAAUAUUGAGAUGUUUUUCUUGUGCAUUUCACAUUAUCCCUUACCCUUGUCAACCACUGCAUCCCAUUACUAUUUCCCCCUCCCCGCAUAGGGAUGGCUCUCUAUCUCAAAGGCUCGAUACUCCAUGGGAAACAAACAGGUCUCUGCUCUUCAGUAUGCCAGUGAAAUAGAGCCCUUAGUUUGUGUUCAUGCAAGGUGAGGAAUUAGUCUUAAACUUCGCUAUUGCACAUGACAAUUGUUAUCCAUUAGAUUUUACUAGUUUUUACAUUUAUUUAUGAUAUUCUCUUUGCCUCAUAUGUAUGUGUGCAGAACACUGGACAAUGGUGAAGUGGAUUUCUUCACAAAAAAGGUUGAACAGAGUUGUAGCAAUGAAACUGAAAAAGACACAAGUUCAGUAGAGGAUAUUGGACCUCAAGAAGAGGGUAAGUCUGCCAUAAUUUCUAUUGCUUAAAAACAUGGUGUGAAUUAAAACUUGUGUUUGACCAUUGAUCGAACUAUGUGAUUUUACAGGUGUCAGGAGGAGAAUCAAACCAAAGAGUGAUAAAACAAAUAAAGAUGCAUGUGAAGAAGAAAGGAGUGAAAAAACACCUGAAGUAACUCCAGUGAGGCAAAAAGAACACAGUCCUCAGCAAGAUCCCCUGAAAUGGUUCGGGAUUUUGGUGCCACAGUCUCUAAAACAAGCACAGUCAUCAUUCAAGCAAGGUAUUCAGUUACUUCCUCAGAAAAGCUGUUGCUUUGGUUUUUUUUUUUGUAGCAAACUAACACUUAACACUAUCUUUAUGAAAGGGUUUAAACCAAGCUCAGCUGAUUUGUUUUUGUAUUUGUUAAAUUAACAUGUACCUUAAUAAUAGGAACAGCACCUGAACUGAUGUAAUUCAACAGUUUCAUUCACAUUUGUACCUUUUAAUGUCUUAUAUUUCCCGACUCCAAUUCCAAAAUAGUUGGGACACUGUAAAAAAUGUCAACCAAAGAAUUUUAAUAAUAAUAUUUCUCUGCGUAAUAUUGCAAAUGAUUUAAGAAUUUCAUGAUCUACAAUACAUAAUAUCAUUAAAGGAUUCAGAAGAAAUUUCUGUUAAAAAGGGACAAGGCCGAUAUGUACCAACCUGAAUUACUACAGGGCUCAAAAUCCCUUUCAGAUACCACAGUCUGUGAACACAGUUUGUCGCCGCAUCCACAAAUGGAGGUUAAAACUGUACCAUGCACAGAGGAAACCAUACAUAAACAGAGACCUAGUUUUUGACAGUUUGAAUCAUGCAAGUCAGAUUUUUGACAGAAGUAUCAUAGUGAAGUAUACUUCAAAAAGAUAAGGAUAACUCACAAUCAGUUUCUGCUGACAUUUCUGUUCAUAAAAGCAAACAAAUAAAACCAGGGGUUCUGAAUGCACACAAAUAUUUAUUAACUUUAUACUCCACUUUGAGUUCAGGAGGUGCUCCUUGUCAUCGUCUGUCUUGAUUCCAAUGAUAUGGUCAUUUUUUUAAGGGUUAUAUUCACACAAUGUUGCAUACUCUUUUAAAAUAAAACACAUAAGUUUUAACAAUAUACAUGACACAACUACUAAAACCACUACUACCAUCUUUCAUUGUCUCCUUUUUUAAUCAGUGAUAGAGCUGUCAGCCGAGAUUGCAACCUUACAGACGGCCAUGUUGAAGACCAGACAGGAGCUGGUGGACAGCAUGAAAAACAAACAAGCGCUCCAGGAGAAAAUACCAGCAGCUCAGUCGGACCAGACAGUAGAAUGAAAAACACUGUCAGUUUGGAGCUGGAGAUGAUCUGAGAGCCUGAGUGGCAGACUCUUCAAGGCCAUCUAAAGCAGUCUUCCCAUUGGAUUUCAAAGCAGAGGACACAUUUGGAGCAGCCCCUACUUUGUAAUUAACUGAUAGUGAAUUAUACAGUAAUUGUAUUAUUAUUAUUAUUAUUAUUAUUAUUAUUAUUAUUAUUAUUAUUAUUAUUAUUGUUUUGGCUGUCCCAGUGAUGAAUGGUUUGCCUGUUUGCGAUGAAUCUGACCUCUGAAAACUUGACCUCAAAUUCGUUGGAUUCUAAAUAUCAACCUUUUAUUAAAUAUAUAGACUGAAUAUUUCCUCAAUGUGUGGUUCAUCAGUACCAAAGGCUGCUGUAAUAUUUAAUGAUAAACAUUUUAAUAAUCAUACUUAUUUAUUAAUAAAAAGGCAUUAGUUAUUUAAAAAAAAACAGAAAAACAAUUGGCUUGUUUGUUUUAACUCUUCUGCAACAAUCGGGUUAUAAUGGAAGGAUCAGUCAGAGGGUGCUUUUCUUUUUUUUCCCCCAAAUCUGGCAACCCAAAAAAGCACCCACUAGUCUUGCAUGUGAUGUUUGUGUCUGUGUUUGCUUUUAGCUUGUUCUUAAAAGGCAAUUAAAAUAGAUAAUUAAUUUAAUAAAAUAUGAUGACAUUA